GAAGGAACCCCCUUCUACCACACAACCAGGGAAGACGCCAUCGACCAGGUGGGCCUUUUAUGCAUUCGCAUAAUCUAUGCCAAACAUGAGCUAACAUCUUAUCAAUGUCUAUAUACCCGUUUAUACUCGACUCAUCCUCAGUUCACCUGCUCCCUGCUCUCCAGCUUGGCCGCCCCCUCGUGCCCCCCAAGAUCUUUCGCAAAAUCCGGCCUCGGCAGCUCCAUGCCCUCCGUCACCCUCCCAUAGGUGAUCCCGCCCAACCUGCUUAUCGGCCUCAAAACCUCAAUAUCCAGCAAACUCCCCUCCUCAUUGAUCGCAUCCUCCCUCGCCCAGAACUUGACACCCUCAACCACCGCCAUGGUACUGCUCACCUUCCCAGGCGUGCUCUUGCUCUCAAACCCCCUCAGACUCUCCAACUUGCCCUCAAUGCUGAAAACCGCCUCCUUCACCCUCGGCGCCUUGACAUGCUCGCAGUCAUACACGGGCGUCAGACCGCUAACAUCCCACUCUGACACCCCGUACGGCGCGUUGAUGGCGGUGGAAUUCGCCGCCUCGAGGAAGCUUUCAGAAAUGAUGUUGAUGGUGCACUCUUUUGCUUCGUCAAGCUGGCGGAGGGUGUCCUUUGCUUUGGUGGGGUCAGGGUUCACCAGGGAGGAGGCAAAGCCGAUGAUGAAGAGAGGGGGGUCGUGGGAGAUGACGGUGAAGUAACUGAAGGGGGCGAGGUUGGUUACUUUGCCAUCCGGGGAGACUGUUGAGACGAAGGCGAUGGGGCGGGGGACGAUGGCUGAGAUGAGGAGUUUGUAGUUGAGGUGGGCUGGGCGGGUGGGGGAGUAGGGGUCGAUUUGGCGGUGGGGUUUCUCUUUGUCUUGUCGGGUGGACAGGUGGUUGGCGCCAGCACCAAAUGUCCAGGAGGGCUGGGGGGUUUGGGUGUAGGAAAAGGUUUUGGUGCUGUCAAAGGGGGGGCGGGAGGCUUCAACGGCUUUGAAGUCGGGGUGAGGGUUACGUUGGAUUUUGGACUCCCAGUUGGAGGUGUUUUCGGCGGCCAUGCUGGGCUGUUUCUUACCGAGUAUAGGGCUUACUGUUCGGAAAGACCUGUAGUAAAAACCCGGGGUUGGUGCGGAUGUAAAUAGGGUCACUGGUGGUGAUGUUGAUAUCGGCGUUGAUGCCGGCAGAAGGUGGGGGAGGGGUCGUCGGUGAUAAUGAUAGCUGCGCUUGUCGUCGGGUAACGGAAGGCGGAAUGAGGGCCGGAAGAUGUGGAGGCGGCGGGCCAAGGGACCCGGCUUACACAAGCACGUCGACAUAGGAUGCUGGCAGUUAGUGUUCUGCCAAAGUUCAACAUGGAUGUAUAUGUCUACAACUACGGACUCUUUGUCAUCAGCCAGCCAUGUGUAGACCUGGCAAUGCUGAAUGCCCCAGACGCUAGACAACGAGAAGUGGGCCGGAUGGCAGCAGCUAUAGGGCUGACCGUGUCAGAUCUCAAAGAAAAAGAAGAUGUCUGAUAUUUUCGGCAGUCCAUUCAUCAUCCAUUUUGUACGACAACGAGGAUUCUGGGAGGACCCGCACGGAGCGGGCUGCCCCGGCCAUGGGCGCGGCCUUUCGGACCGGGAAUUUGCCAUGCCUCCUGGCUCCAGGUGCUGUGAUGGAAUCAUCAAGCUAUGCGCAUAUCUUCUCCUCUCGGAGAGACUGUUUGAGGUUUCGAUCAUUCAGCUGAAAUCCCACGCACUCAACCACCCAAUCACCCUUGUCCCGGUUGGACGCUAUGCGCCCCACGCGAGCGUUGGUGGAGAACCGUUAAGCUAAAUAUGGCUCAGGGCGAAGCGAGAAGCGCGCGUUGGCUUUUGUUGGCACCCUCACUUACAGAUUCUGUCAGACAAGGUACGGCAACAUCUCUCGGUCUCACUUUUCUAUGAUAUGAUGGGCAUACAGUUCUCACGAACUGGCUGUGGAGAGACGGCAAGACAUGCAGAGCAAGAAAGCCUCGCUAUCACGAAGUUGUAACACUGUGGCAUGCAAGUAGCCGGCACAGAGCCUCGCCCCAAGAGUCACCCCACCAUUCGGAGGCCCUGGCAGACCUCACCAGGACGAGACGAGACGAGACGCGGGUCGGGGCUGAUACACUUGUCUCUCCAAAGGCUGGGCGCCGGGCAGCGUCUUGACUGGUUGGGGCAUCUUGGGCGCAUCAACACUGCAACGAACACGGAGUCGCAGCGGGCAGGGCAAGCGAGAUGGCGGCGCGCAGCAUUUGUCUUCAAGGAACUGCCGCAGAAACAAGCAAGAGAACCAAGACCGAAGACCAAGUACCAACAGCCCGCUGGGGUGGCAUCGUGAUGGUCUUCUGUGCUUCGUAGGGCAGCCGGACGGGGUCCCGAGAGAUUGGGGGCGGUCUUGGCUGCUGCCAUCCAAUCCCAUCCCGCUGUUCUUCAGCCCAUCGACGGCCUGUCACCCGGCUUUCCUUCCCUUCAGAACACCGACCACCCAGACCACAGCACCCCCUGUCCUUCUUCUUUUGUCGGGUAUUCCUCUUAUUCUUGUGUCUCUUUUGGGCGUCACUCUCUCCACCAAAGUGUUUGUUUGCUGCUAUUUGCGUGAUCCUGUUGCAAAUGUGUCUUUUGAAACCAUAAUCUCGCCUCUCCUUCCUGGCUCCUCGGCCGUGAUGGCGAUGGCGACGGCGACGGCGACUGCGGACACCAUCCUAACGAGAAGCCCGAGUCUGCUGACAGCAGCUUCUGGACCUGGCGGCGGCGCCGUCGCAAGCGCACCCGCUUCCGCAACGACCGCGAACAAGUGCGGAGCCGACUUUCUCUUUCCCAAGAACCUCGACUUCUUCUACCAUCUCGACAUCCUGACCGUCUCGUACCGGUCCACCCUUGCCAAUCCCACUCUGUCGUGUUGGUGUGGAGGUCAAGACGGCAAAGCAGCCGUCCAGAAGCUCAGCACCCGCCAUGCCAGCCCGUUCAACGGCUCCGCUCGCCUUCAACUGAACUUUUCCUCCAUCAACGCUCCCUGCUGGUUCGAGCUCACCUCAGAGUCUGGGGAUUGUGGAGACGUUAGCGAUAGGUUUGUGGUCUUGACGAAUCAGCGCCCAGCGACCGGCACUUCGCCGAUAGUCUCGAUAUCGACGCCAGUACCCGUACCCGCCGCGCCGAAACGGACAACUACAACGACCCGCCGGCAGAAACAUCUGCAGCUUCGAGCAGAGACAACCUCGACGGCCCCCACAACCGUCGUCUCAGAGCCUUCGGAACCCCAGGCCGGGGGAGACAGUCUCAGCUCUGGAGCCAAAGCUGGUAUCGGCAUUGGCAUCAGCCUUAUCUGCGUCGCCAUUGUCGCCGUUAUCGCCAUGGUAUUCUUCAGGCGCCGUCGCCGAGGCCAGGAUGCCGAUCACCUCGGUGUCAUCAUGGAUCAUGAACGUGGUAAGGGGAGGAAACCGGAGAAGCGCAGUCCUGGCGCGCCCUCGAUAGUGUCGGCAAGGUCGGAUGAAGAGGCACUGUUUCCCAUACAGCCGGUCUACGAUGGGUUUCCGGGGUCGAUGGGAUACGAAGAUGUUCGCUCGCUACAUUCUCUCACCAGCCACUCUCACUCACCAACAAACGGCCAUCACUCGCCAACAGCACCCCACCAAAACAGCUACUGGUCGCCGCCGCAGGAACGAAGCAUGGAGGCAGAUGAACUCGCCGCUGCUCGUCUGAAAUCACAACACAACACAGCCAUCCCCCCGGUCAUCUCAUACGGCCCUAACCCCGUCACCCCAACAUUACCACGACCUACACCACGAGUAAUAGAACUAGAGAGGAGGACCUCUCCCCACAGCUCACCAGACAGCAUAGCAGCCGUCCCGGUGGUACCAAUAAUGCCGAUCGUGCCUGAUUUCCCAGAAUAUCCCGAUUACACGGGCUACAGCAUCCCGGCCCCGGCACCAGCAGCAGUCCCAUCCAGGCCAUCAUCAAUACCCGAACAACUACCACAUCCGCAACCCUCCCCACCGCGACAUACUGUGUCGCCCAACGUCGUCACAUCUUAUGGUCCCAACCGAGUAACACCAACCCCACAAGUGGUCUCCCCCACCGUCCCCCCAGACGACACCAUGAUCAACCGCCGCUACCAAGAGCAAACCUACCACGAACCAAACUACCCAGAACAGCAGCCCCCCUACCAAGUCCCCGCGAUCGCCGAGGUAUCAGAACAAAACCACGACCGAAACGAUUACCACCACCACCAUCACGAACGCCAAUUCUCCUGGGACGAAUCCCCCCUCCUCGGCGCCUCCUCACCCGUAGGCGGUCUCCCCCCUUAUGCCUCCCAGAUCGAGUUCGAAGCCAUGACCAAGGGAGCCAUCCGCAACAUGCCCGAACCCCAAGCCGGAGCGGAACUACCCCCCACAAAGGACGGAUACUACCCCGAAUUCCACCCCAUGACGCAGGUUGAGCUCCCGGGCGAGGCACCCCAGCUGCCGUUCCAGGUCUACAGCGUGCAGCAGCAGGACUCUUCAUCUGGGAGGAGGGGGACGGGGGCGGGGGGGGGGGCGGGGAUGGUGGUGGCGGAGCAGAAGGUGCUGAUUUCGGCGGAUUUGUUUUCGGAUGCGGACAUGAGGUUGUUUAUGGAGCAGAAGGCGAAGGCGAGGGAGAAGAGGAGGAGGGAGAUGGAGAUGGAAAAGGGGGAGGGGACAGCAGAAGGUGGGUAAUUUCGGAUUUGGAACCCGGCGGGAUAAGGGGAUAUCAAAAGUAAUAAGGUUGGGGAAAAGGGAAGAGGGGGGAUUAUACCAUUGCAAAGGCGUUUCGGGAGGUUAUUUAUAUUGUCGAGAUCUUUUGUGAUUUACACAAGAUAAACAAACAGGGGAGGUUAGGAUUGGUCGGGGUCAACGGACGGCACAAAAACAGGGGCGGAACAAAGCAUUGUUUUUUAGUCAUAUUAUUAUCAUCAUCAUCAUCUGACAUAUUCGGUGGGGGGAAAGAGGUUGGUUACCUUUGGAUAUUUAGUGCCUACCUACUUUAUUUAUAUAUACCUAGUAUAUUAUUUGUAUUUACUUCAAUCCC